CCCACGAAAUCCCGUACAAGAAAACAACCAGGAAGCGAAUUGCGGAACUGUAGAUCCACCUCACGCUUUCAGGCAGCAGUUCGUGUGGCAGAGCCGUGUUCUUCGUGAAUGGAGAGGCCAGCCGAGUAGACAGCAGAUGCCUUCAGCUAGAAAACGGUGCACGGCUGUGAAGACUCAAUGUCGUCGCGUCUAACGAGCGAUACCCGGCAGCAGCGCUCGAUGGACGGAUAGCCAGCGGAGAGAGUCCCGUCUCUGACAGCCUGACACAUUAAGUUCAACACCGACAUAUGGCCGUGCUCCGCAGCUAGCCGAGACGACGAAACUCGCAUCAUGUUCCUGAAAACAUCUUUCACCACCCUGAUCGUGGGGGUGUUUGUGGUGUACGUGCUCCACACCUGCUGGGUGAUGUUCGGGAUAGUGUACACUAAACCCUGCGACAGCCCCAAAAGUAUCAACUGUAUCACACCCUUUCUGGCAGGGGACCCACAACUACAGUUGAGUAUCUACACUGCACUGCGGCCCGAUGCAGAGGGAGGACAUACUUUGAUCCACAAAGAGGAAACAUUUGACGUCAACAACAAGUUUGAGAGGAUAGUAAAUGUCUCCAUCCCAAAGAAGACCCGCAACAAUGGAACUUUAUAUGCACUGAUAUUUGUCCAUCAAGCCGGCAUCACUCCGUGGCAGGAUCCACGACAGGUCCACAUGGUGGCUCAGCUCACCACAUACAUGGUCCCUAAACCGGCUGAAAUCUCUUUGAUAACCGGAGAGGACCAAACACAGGGUGAGAAAGAAGACGUCCAGCGGAAGAAACGUGACGGUAACGCUGCGGCAGGAGGUGGCGCUGGUACCGCUUCCACCGCCGAUCCCCCAGUUUCCCACUGGCGCACCCGCCUGACCCUCAACAUAGUCGGAGACCACUUCCUGUUCGACAAAGAACACCUGCCUAGUGAUGUCCACAGAUACCUCCGAGUAUUCCAAAAUGGUAAGAAGAUGGUUUAUCUACCUCUGCUGUUUGUUGAUGAGCUCAGCAACCGUGUCAAGGACCUUGUGGAGAUCAACAGUACCUCCAAGGAGCUCCCUUUGACCAUCUCCUACGACUCCAUAUCUCUGGGGAGGCUACGAUUCUGGAUCCACAUGCAAGACGCUGUUUUCUCUCUGCAACAGUUCGGUUUCACAGAAAAGGAUGCUGAUGAGAUUAAAGGAAUCUUUGUGGAUACCAACCUGUACUUCCUGGCUCUGACCUUCUUAGUAGCUGCCUUCCAUCUCCUCUUUGACUUCCUGGCAUUCAAGAAUGACAUCAGCUUCUGGAAGCAGAAGAAAAGCAUGGUGGGAAUGUCCAGCAAAGCAGUGCUGUGGCGAUGUUUCAGCACCAUCGUGGUUUUCCUCUAUUUGUUUGACGAGCAGACCAGCCUGCUUGUCCUCAUACCGGCUGGCGUCGGCUCUAUCAUUGAAGUGUGGAAAGUGAAGAAGGCCCUUAAGAUUCAGGUUUCCUGGAAAGGAGGCAAACCAACAUUCCUGUUUGGGAAAUUGGAUGAAUCGGAGAGAAGAACAGAGGAGUACGAUACUCUGGCCAUGAAGUAUCUCUCAUACCUCCUUUACCCGAUGUGUAUUGGAGGGGCUGUGUAUGCUCUCAUAUUCCUACGAUAUAAGAGUUGGUACUCAUGGCUGAUCAACAGUUUGGUUAAUGGUGUAUAUGCUUUUGGCUUCCUCUUCAUGCUUCCUCAAUUGUUUGUCAAUUAUAAGCUGAAAUCUGUGGCCCACCUGCCCUGGAAAGCCUUCACGUACAAGGCAUUCAAUACCUUCAUCGAUGAUGUGUUUGCCUUCAUCAUCACCAUGCCAACGUCACACAGACUGGCCUGUUUCAGGGACGAUGUUGUGUUUCUCAUAUACCUCUACCAGAGAUGGCUCUACCCAGUGGAUAAAACAAGAAUAAAUGAAUAUGGAGUUUCUUACGAUGAAAAACCCGAAGGAAAGACUCAUAAGGACUAGUGAGGAAAGACGGGUCAUUGGCUUCCGUGAUCUGGUACCUGCAUGUUUUAUCUUCAGUCCACUGGUCUCCACUGAUUGGUACGGGUCAUUUGGUAUCAUCUGAGAUGCUUUAAUGGUCCAGAGGCAUCUGGUCAGUUAGUUGUAAAUGGACCCGUUGGAUCUUGUGGUUUUUGUCUUUUUUUCCACUCUCUCCCAAAGUGCAAAGUGUUGAAAGGUCAACAUCAGCUUAUCUGCCUUCUGCAGUUAGGAGAGGAAUUAUUUUAGUUUUGCAGCGUACGACGGGAUGAUCACAAAGAUGAACCUCUACACUAUUUCAAAAUGAGGCGACAACCCGGAAAAACGUGUUUCUGAUUGGCGUAAAAGGCCGGCGCCCUGUUCACGACAAUGGCCACGUCUACCAAGGGCCGGACACCGCUUUGGUUUGAAAGAGUACACGGAUGACUUUAGUGAAGUCAGCACUUCCUGUUCAAACAUCAUGUGAUUCCACAAAGCCAGUUGCAUCCCUUCUCUAUUGGAGCUGCUCCACACUGUUAGUAGCAGUGCAGGUAGUCACUGGAGUAAAGUAUGAUUUAUUACAUUGGGGAGGCCGUUUAUCUCAUUUCAAGAUGAAAACAUCUCUUGAGGACCACUGUGAAUAUCGUAUUUUCAGUGUGUGUUUUGAGAAGAACCUGGUUCAGACUACAUCUAAAUACAUUGAUUUUCCAUAUUUUUAUUAUAUAAAGUCUGAUACAUCGGAGCUUCCAGAACAAUAAUUUUCCCAGUAAGUGGAUGUACUGUUGGCUCAGUUAAUUAUUCCUGAUACAGAGCUUGGGGGCUUUUCUAGAAAUUAUUAUUUUAAAUUGUGCUAAAAAUGUUUAAAUAUUGCUCAGUGAAAAUACUUUUGCCUCUUAGAAAGUGUCAAUGUGUAGUCAUUUACAUUUUGUGUAUCCCAAAUUAUAAUGUGGACAUGUUUUAACCCUGGGGAACAGAGGGAUGACAAAACGAGAGGGGUAUCUGCUGACCGGUUUUAUAUCAUAGAACAAGAUCUUAAGCUUGUGUUUGGUACAGACCUUAUUUCAAACAUCUAACCAAAAACCCAUUGACUUCCAGACGAGGGAACUGGAAGUGCAUAAAUGCAGACUCAUUUCUAACACUUUAAAUACACACAUGAUUAAAGGGACUAAGCAAGGAGUCAAUGUCAAAUUUGCCUAAACAUAAACUUAAACCUGACCGUUUCUGACUUUCACUACACUGUAACAAAGGAAAGACAUUCUGUCCUUUCCGUCCACUCUAGUUUUGUAGUUUUACCUGCUUGAGUAUUUUUUUUACAUAUCGGGGCCAAGAAAAUUUGUUGGUGCCAAAUGUGAGAAUGAUUCUUUAAACUGUUUGUGAGCUUUGUAUGUUCUCCAUAGAUGAUCCAUCUGAUGUUUUUAGAGUCACUGACAUUGUGAGGGAAAUGGUAAGACUUGAGGAAAGUAUUACUACAUUUUGAGUUACAGUCACAUCUUGGUUUUUCUGCCACAGAUCUAAUGUUUUUUUUGUUAAAUACUUUUUGUAAUAGUAAAGACUAUAUGGUCCAGAAUGAUUAAGCAUAGGUUUUCUGCUCCUGUGUCAACGAGACCAGGCAAGAUUUGCCAGGAAAUUGCCUUUGAAAUUGUUUCACUUAUUGUAAUGAUUGUGUUUUUGAUUGUGAUUAAAUAAAACUGUUGACUGAA